AUGUCCGCCGCCAACGAGGACACGAGCGCAACACCGCUCCCACCGCCACCCAGCCAGGAUCCGCUGUCUGCGGAGCAAUGGAGCAUUCUCGCCGCCAUUGCUGACACCGUCACCCCGUCCUUCGCCCAAUCCACGGGCAACCGACUGCUGCAGCACCCAUUGCGAGGUGAGGUCUACGAUGCCACCGCCAAGCGUCUCCGAGAUCUCUCCACCGAUGCGGCCUCGAGCGAUGUCGUGCCGGCCUAUCUUGCCGAAAAUGCCACUGCCCAGCCCGAGUUCAAGGAGCAUAUGAUGCGCUUGUUGGCGUUUUACAUGACCGAAAUGUCGAGGAAGCCACUGUCGUUCAUUCUAAGCACUCUCAACACACGCGCCGGCGCACUACUACUUACAGGCCACGCGACACCUUUAAAUGGACUCUCCGUCCAAGACCGAGAACUGAUUCUCCAGGGCUGGGCCCGUUCGCGACUACCGCCACUCCGAUUCUUGCAUAGAUCGCUCAUAACACUUGUGCGCCUCUUCUGGCUGCGCACUUCACCAACUGUGCCUCAGGUCCUUGCGUAUCCAAGGUUUCCGGUGAAUGCGGUCAACCCAGGGCCAGGCUUCCCGUUCCAGUUUGUGCAGAUUCCACCUUCAGUAGCGCUCGAGCCGGAGGUCAUCGAGACAGAUGUUGUCAUUGUGGGCAGUGGAUGCGGCGGUGCAGUCGCGGCGAAGACGUUGGCAGAAGCUGGAUUGAAAGUGUUGGUCGUGGACCAGUCGUAUUACUGGUCGCCAGAAUGGCUGCCAAUGUCUGAUGAGGCCGCCGGCAUUCACUUGUUCGGUAAUGGCGGUGCUGUCAUUUCUCAAGAUGGCAGUAUCAUGGUCUUGGCUGGAUCAACCUGGGGAGGUGGUGGUACCAUUAACUGGAGUGCAUCGUUGCAACCGCAGGGGAUCGUUCGAAGAGAAUGGGCUCACAAGUUUGGGUUGAAGCACUUUACUGGCGCUGAAUUCCAGGCGGACUUGGAUGCUGUUUGCGAACGAAUGGGCGUGAGCUACGCCAAUAUCAAGCAUAACAAAGGGAAUCGGGUGUUGAUGGAGGGUGCAAGGAAGCUGGGCUGGACGGCCAAGCCUGUGCCACAAAAUACUGGUGGUGAGGAGCACAGCGAUGGCUUCUGCACGAGAGGCUGCCGUUGUUGUGGUAAGAAGGGACCGACUGUCACUUUCCUACCAGAUGCGGCCGAUGCGGGAGCCAACUUCAUGGAGGGAUUCAAGGUCAAGGAGAUUGUCUUUGGCAAGAACGACUCCAACGGAAACAGGGAGGUCACUGGUGUGAGAGGUACUUGGACGGCCAGAGACACCAACGGCGGUGUGGUCAGCCUAGGCCGAACAACUCGUGAAGUGAUGAUCAAGGCCCGGCGGACCAUCAUCUCAGGAGGCUCGCUCUACACUCCACAUCUCCUCCAACAAUCCGGUCUCAAGAACAAACACAUCGGUCGCCACCUCCACCUCCACCCAGUCUGCAUGCUCGCCGCAGUCUGGGACGAAGACAUCCGCGACUGGGAAGGCCCCAUCCUCACCUCGGUCGUCAGCGAAUUCGAAAACCUCGACGGCGACGGCUACGGCACCAAACUCGAAUGCACCACCAUGAUCCCAGGCUCCUUCCUCCCCGUCUUCCCCUGGUACAGCGGGCAGCAAUGGAAAGAAUUCGUCGCCAAAAUGCGCCGCAUGUCCGGCUACAUCUCCAUCACGCGCGACCGCUACGGCGGCCGAGUCAUCCCGGACCCCGCCGACGGCUCCCUCGCCAUCGACUACACCCUCUCCACCUACGACCGCAACCACAUCCUCGAAGGCCUCGUCCGCCUCGCCGAGCUCAACUACGUCGAAGGCGCCCGCGAAAUCCACGUCUCCGCGCCCGGCAUCCAACCCUUCAUCCGUCCCAAAUCCUCCCCCAAAGUCCCCGUCACGCCCCUCUCCACCCCCUCCGUCACCGACGCCGAAUUCCAAUCCUGGCUCCAGAAACUCCGCGCCGGCGGCCUUCCCUCCCCCGACGCGGGCUUCGCCUCCGCGCACCAAAUGGGUUCCUGCAGGAUGGGCACCUCCCCGAAGAACAGCGUCGUCGAUUAUCGCGGCCGCGUCUGGGGCACGAGUGGACUGUAUAUCGCGGAUGCCAGUGUCUUUCCUUCGGCGUCUGGGGUCAAUCCUAUGAUUACGACUAUGGGGAUUAGUAGGAAUAUUUCCAGGGGGAUUGUGGAUGAGGAGAGGGGGGACGCAGGGUUGACGUUGGAUCCUUCUGCGGGGAGGGCGAAGUUGUAG